CCACCACAGUCCAAUGACCAUCUGACGCCCACUCCGGUCUCCUACACUGCGGGGUUCUACCGCAUACCUGUAGUAGGGCUCACCACCAGGAUGUCCAUUUACUCAGACAAGAGCAUCCAUCUCUCAUUCCUCCGCACAGUGCCACCCUAUUCCCACCAGGCACAUGUGUGGUUUGAUAUGAUGCGGGAGUUCCGCUGGAAUCACAUCAUUCUAAUCGUUAGUGAUGACCAUGAAGGCAGAGCGGCACAGAAAAGACUAGAAACUCUUCUGGAGGAGAGAGAGACCAAGAAUAAAAAAAGGAACUAUGAAAACCAAGACCAACUGUCCUAUGACAACAAGAGAGGACCUAAGGCCGAGAAAGUGCUUCAAUUCAACCAAGAGACUAACUUAACUGCCCUGCUCCUGGAGGCCAAAGAGUUGGAAGCCCGAGUGAUCAUUCUCUCUGCCAGCGAAGAAGAUGCAGCAGCCGUGUACAAAACAGCACGCUUCCUCAACAUGACAGGCUCAGGCUAUGUAUGGCUGGUUGGGGAGCGUGAGAUGUCCGGUAAAGCUUUGAGUGAGGCCCCUGACGGGCUGAUUGGCCUCCAGCUCAUCAAUGGCAAGAAUGAAUCGGCGCACAUCAGUGAUGCUGUUGCUGUUGUAGCCCAGUCCAUCCAAGAGCUCUUUGAGAAAGAGAACAUCACAGAACCUCCAAGGGGCUGCGUGGGCAAUACCAACAUCUGGAAGACCGGGCCACUCUUUAAAAGGGUAUUGAUGUCUUCCAAAUACCCAGAGGGCCUAACAGGACGCGUUGAGUUCAAUGACGACGGUGACAGAAAAUACGCUCAUUACAGCAUUCUCAACUACCAGAAGAGCAGACUGAUUCAAGUCGGCAUUUACAAUGGAACACAAGUGGUGAUGAAUAAACAGAGGAAGAUCAUUUGGCCUGGAGGUGAAACGGAAAGACCAAGAGGAUUCCAAAUGUCUACUCGAUUAAAGAUAGUGACCAUUCAUCAGGAACCCUUUGUGUAUGUGAAGCCAACUACGUUGGACGGGACCUGCAAGGAAGAGUACACACCUAAUGGAGUCUUAAUUAAAAAGGUGAUCUGCACUGGACCAAAUGAGACCAUCCCAGGUAACACAUCAGGACGCCCGAUUGUUCCCCAGUGUUGCUACGGAUUUUGCAUUGACCUUCUGAUUAAAUUGGCAAUGACCAUGAACUUCACCUAUGAAGUACACCUGGUGGCAGAUGGGAAAUUUGGAACACAAGAAAGAGUAAAUAACAGUAACAAGAAGGAAUGGAACGGCAUGAUGGGCGAGCUCCUGGGUGGCCUUGCUGAUAUGAUCGUUGCGCCCUUGACGAUCAACAAUGAACGAGCCCAGUAUAUAGAAUUCUCCAAGCCUUUUAAAUACCAAGGACUGACUAUCCUUGUGAAAAAGGAAAUUCCUCGAAGUACACUGGACUCGUUCAUGCAGCCAUUCCAGAGCACACUGUGGCUACUGGUGGGUCUAUCGGUACAUGUGGUGGCGGUGAUGCUUUACCUACUAGACCGGUUCAGCCCAUUUGGAAGGUUUAAAGUAAACAGUGAAGAAGAAGAAGAGGAUGCCCUCACCUUAUCUUCAGCUAUGUGGUUUUCCUGGGGUGUCUUGUUGAACUCUGGAAUUGGAGAAGGUGCCCCACGUAGUUUUUCAGCAAGAAUUUUGGGAAUGGUGUGGGCUGGCUUUGCUAUGAUUAUAGUAGCAUCCUAUACUGCCAACCUGGCUGCCUUCCUGGUGUUGGACCGGCCUGAGGAGCGCAUCACCGGCAUCAAUGACCCAAGGCUAAGGAACCCAUCAGACAAGUUCAUCUAUGCCACAGUGAAGCAAAGUUCGGUGGAUAUUUACUUCCGGCGACAAGUUGAGCUGAGCACCAUGUACCGCCACAUGGAGAAGCACAACUACGAAAGCGCCGCUGAAGCCAUCCAGGCUGUUCGGGACAACAAGCUGCAUGCUUUCAUCUGGGACUCUGCGGUGCUGGAGUUUGAAGCCUCGCAGAAGUGUGACCUGGUGACCACGGGAGAGCUGUUUUUCCGUUCGGGCUUUGGCAUAGGCAUGCGCAAGGACAGCCCCUGGAAACAGAAUGUGUCCCUGGCUAUUCUCAGUUCCCAUGAGAAUGGCUUCAUGGAGGACCUAGAUAAAACCUGGGUGAGAUACCAGGAGUGUGACUCAAGGAGCAAUGCCCCAGCCACACUCACCUUUGAGAAUAUGGCAGGUGUCUUCAUGCUUGUUGCUGGAGGCAUUGCAGCAGGAAUCUUCCUCAUCUUCAUUGAGAUUGCAUACAAGCGCCAUAAAGACGCCCGCAGGAAGCAGAUGCAGCUAGCCUUUGCGGCCGUCAACGUUUGGAGGAAGAACCUACAGCCCUCUUCCUCUGUAGAGACUCAGGAUGUAAGAAUACCUUAAUUCGAACUUUUCUUACAUAAACACACCCAGUCUUGUGCUAUACCUUCGUACCAUUUGUAGAGGCCAGAGAGUAGCCAUGUGGGGCUGCUUUGUUGGACAGUGGGAGGGUAGGGGGCAAAAGGUCCCAAUCUUUUGUGUCUAAAACCACAAAGUGUUAAGAGGAAGAAUUUAUGAAACAGCACAAAACAGAUGCCAAGGAAGAUCAUUUGAGAAUUUGAAAGUGUUGCCACUUCGUGCAACCAAAUCUGUUGCAUCUGUUACCAAUUCUUAGUCUCUUUAUGUCAAACAAGUCUGACUUCCAUUCAUAGUUAUAGAUCGUUGGGUUUAAGAUAGCUUAUCAACGGGGAACUAGGGGAUGUGGUUUUGGCAGUUGAAAACCAGCCAGAGAACACAAAUAAUUGUUCUACGUAUAUUUAUUUUAGGAUAGGAAAAGUGGUAGAGCAGACAGCGACCCAAAAAAGAAACCCUCUUUUAGGUCCAUCAGUACCACCCUGGCCU